AUGACGUUCCCCGUGCUCGGCGAUUUGCUCAACAAUCUCCCCACCGCGCAGGAGAUUUCUGCCAAUCCGUUCCCCCCGCCGGGCCCCUUCAGCGCGCCUGAGGCGCAGGUCGGCGCAAACAGAGACGGCGGCGGGCGGGAAGGGGGCAGCAGCUGGGGCAGUGGCGGAAGCGGCGGGGUAAGCGCGCGGGAAGCGCAAGCCGACGCGGGGAGAGACGGGAGCGGAGGCGCAGGGGGGGAGCAGAACGGCGGAGUGCAAGCAGGGGUUGGGGGGAACAGAGCGGGAGGGGCGGAAGGAGUUGGCGUGGCUGGCGGGGGAAAUGGGGGGUUGGGGGGAUUGGGCGGAAUGGGGGGAGUGGGGGGAGACGAUAGCCGGUCGGGGAGCGAGGAGGAUGGGACGUCGGAUGGGGAGGGGAUGGGCGGGCGGGAUAAGAAGAAGGGCAAGCGGUAUCACCGCCACACGGCGCAGCAGAUCCAAGAAAUGGAACGGUUGUUCCGUGAGUGCCCGCAUCCGGACGAGCGACAGAGGCAGCAGCUGAGCCAACGGCUGUCGUUGGCGCCACGGCAAGUCAAGUUCUGGUUCCAGAACCGCCGCACGCAGAUGAAGGCUCAAACCGAGCGGGCUGAGAAUGCGAUGCUGAGGCAGGAGAACGACCGGCUGCGCGCUCAAACCGAACGAGCGGAAAACGCAAUGCUGAGGCAGGAGAACGACCGGCUGCGCAGCGAGGUGAUGCGCCUGCGCUCCGUGCUGGCUGCUGCCGCGUGCCCCGCGUGCCACACGCGCCUCGUGCCGGGAAGCGGUGGUGACUCCAUGCACGAUGCCUCGGCCGUGACGGCUCAACUCAUGGAGGAGAAUGCGCACCUCAAGAACGAGGUACGGGGCAUUCGUUCCGGACACGAUGCCUCGCCCGUGGCGGCGGCUCCGCGCAUGGAGGAGAACGCACACCUCAAGAGCGAGAGAGAGCGAGUGUCAAUGCUGGCAGCGCGGCAGCUGGCAGCAAGGGGUGCGGUGGUGGAUCCCAUAGGGCCCGCCACAGUCGCUGCUCUCCACGCUGCUGCUCUCAACGCCGCUGCUGCUGCCUCGCUCGCCCUGCAUCCACCUAUAGAGCGAGUGUCAAUGCUGGCAGCGCGGCAGCUGGCAGCGAGAGGCGCGGUGGAUCCCAUGGGGCCCGCCACAGUCGCUGCUCUCAACGCCGCUGCUCUCAACGCCGCUGCUGCUGGCGGCAUGCAGGCACCAGGCAUGGGCGCUGGUGCUGGGAACCCCUCUGCUGCCGGCAAUGCUGGUGCCGGUGCCGGCGGUGGUGGGAAUGGGGGUGGGGGUAUGGAUGGAAUUGGUAACCCUGGGAUGGUGCAGGAUGGUGGUGCUGGUGGCAUGGGGAUGGGAGGCAGGGAUUUCGGCGCUGCUGCUGCUGGUGGUGGUGCUGUUGGGAGUUUUGGCAUGGAGUCUAAUGCUAGUGCAAUUCAGCGUAUGCAGCAGUUUCAACAGCAACAGCAACAGCAGCAACAGCAACAACAGCAACAGCAGCAGCAGCAGCAGCAGCAGCAGCAGCAGCAGCAGCAGCAGUCAAUGGGAGGGUUGCUAGGGGAUAUGGUCCCUUCGUCCCGAUUCAACAUGGAUGCAACUCAAGGGGGCUUCUCUGCUGCUGGUGCAGCGGCGGUGGCGGCGGGGAGGGGUAUGAAUGAGCAUGGGAUGAUGCGCCUGUUGGGCGGUGACGCACCACCCCCUGCUGCACCCAGAGCAGCAGCAGCGGGGGGGUCAGCAGGGGGGGGAGGCGUGGGGACGAGUGGCAUGGACGGGUUGUCGGAUUUCCACCGGAGCAACACGGGGAGAAGCAACCACUCCAACGCCUCGCCCCAUGCUGCUGCUGCAGCAGGAGGAGGAGGAGGCGGAGGAGGGGGAGGGGGAGGAGGAGGCGGAGGAGGAGGGGGAGGGGGAGGCGGAGCAGGGAGCAGCAGCAGCGGGUUGCUAUACGACAUGGGGGGGAAUGGAGCUGCCCGCACCGCUGCUCAUGCUGACGCCGCUGCAGCUGCUGCAGCAGGAGGAGGAGGGGGAGGGGGAGGGGGAGGAGCGAACGGUUCUCUGUUCGGCCUGGCUAGCGGGUGGGGGCUAGCAGCAGGAGGAUUAGGAGGAGCAGGAGGAGCAGGAGGAGCAGGAGGAGCGGGAGGAGCGGGAGGAGGAGCAGCAGCAGGGGGGGCAUUAGGACUAGGCCCAGGUUUCCCAGCAUCAUUGCGAACAGGGGGAGGCAUGAUGAACCCUGUGGGGGGGGAGGCCAUGGGGGCCCUGCUAGGCGCAUCAGGGGAGGGCGGAGGUCUGUCAGACUCAGAGCGAGAUGUGGUGAUGGACUUAGCAGUCUCCUCUCUAGAGGAGCUCGUAGGCUUGGCGCAGAUCAACGAACCUCUCUGGCUCCCGGGCCUGCUCUCCCGAGCCUUCGACAGGCACGGGAGUGGCAUUGAGGGUGCGAGGGGAGUGGUGUCGCUGAACGCCCUCGCACUCGUAGAGCUCUUCAUGGAUCCGGUGAGUUUGGAUGGCAUCGAGCGCGCGAGGGGAGUGGUGUCUCUGAACGCCCUCGCAUUCGUAGAGCUCUUUAUGGAUCCGGUGAAGUGGGCAGAGAUGCUCCCAUCGUUGGUGUCUCGAGCCGUGGUGGUGGAUGUUAUCUGUGUCGGCAACGAGCCCACCCAGCGCAACGGCACGCUCCAGCUGGUGGGUGGCCGUGCAGAGCGCAACGGCACUCUGCAGCUCGUGAGUUGCCUUAAAGGGGUGAGAGAGCUGGUGGAUGCCUUGUUGCCAUCGUUGGUGUCUCGAGCUGUGGUGGUGGACGUCAUCUGUGUGGGCAAUCAACCCACGCAGCGCAACGGCACUCUGCAGCUCGUGAGUGCCGCGCGCCCGGGCCAAGGCGCGCGCCCGGACCAAGGCGCGCGCCCGGACCAAGGCGCGCGCCCGGACCAAGGCGCGCGCCCGGACCAAGGCGCGCGCCCGGACCAAGAGACGCAGAUGCUCACACCGCAAGUGCCAACGCGAGAAGCCUUCUUCCUUCGCUACUGCAAGCAGCUCUCCCCCACCUGCUGGGCUGUCGUGGACGUGUCUGUCGACCGCCUCCGCAGCGAGCCCCCUCCCGUCAUGCUCAAGUGCCGACGACGCCCAUCGGGAAUCCUCAUCCAGCGAGCACCCGCCCGUCAUGCUCAAGUGCCGACGACAGCCGUGAGGCAUCCUCAUUCAUGUAGCAACCCCCGCGCUUCCUCUCUCUCUCUUCUCCUCUCUCUCUCUUCUCCUCUCUCUCUCUUCUCCUCUCUCUCUCUUCUCCUCGCUCUCUCUUCUCCUCGCUCUCUCUUCUCGUUUGCCCCCAUCUGCUUCUCUCAUCCGCAACUGUCCUAUCUGCCACCCUCUUUUCCCCCUCUCUAUCGCCAUCACCAGGAGACACCCAACGGCAGCAGUCAGGUGACACUAGUGGAGCAUGUGGAGGCAGACCCCUUGGGAGUGCCGCCGCUCUUCAGACCAAUCGUGGCAGGCAUUGGGGUUCGGAGCAGCGAGGUGGAUGGCAGCAUUACACCACCAGUACCAAUCGUGGCAGCAGCAUUGGGUUUUGGGGCGGCAAGGUGGAUGGCGGCAUUACACCACCAGUGUGUGCGGUUCGGGGAGCUGCUAGGGAACCCCACGUCGAGGGACAGUGGCAUCGUGUCUCAGCAGGGCCGCCGCGCCAUGCUCCGCCUCGCCGGCCGCAUGCUCUCCAACUUCUGUGUCGGCCUCUCCUCCUCCACCAGGCACUCCUGGAAGGUGAUUGACCACUCUGACCGUGCCUCUGCUCUUCAGCUGCUCAUCCCUGCUCUUUCCCCACAUCUUGUUCUCAUCUCACUCUCUCAUCUCACUCUCUCAUCUCACUCUCUCAUCUCACCCUCUCAUCUCACCCUCUCAUCUCACCCUCUCAUCUCACCCUCUCAUCUCAUCUCACCCUCUCAUCUCACCCUCUCAUCUCAUCUCACCCUCUUACGUCACCCUCUCAUGACACCCAUCAGACAUUCCUGGAAGGUGAUAGACAACUCAGACCGCGCCUCUGCUGCCAGUACCGCUGCAGGGGGUGGGAGCACACCCGCUGGCGCCAGCACUGCAGGGGGAGGGGGGAUGGGGGGCGAGGGGGAGGGCAUGGGGGGUGCGGGUGCGGCGUCAGAAGCAGCAGCGAUGGGGGCGGUGGAGGUGUGGGUGGCGAUGAGACGCAGUGUGACGGGCGCAGGGGAGCCUCUGGGGGUGAUUCUCAACGCCGCUGCGUCUGUCUGGUUGCCCGUGCCCAUGCCUCUCGCGUUUGAGUUUCUGCGGAACGAGCAGACAAGGCGCGAGUGGGACAUCUUGACAAGCGGGUCAGUGGUAUCAGAGAUGGGGAGAAUACCCAUUGGUGUGGACCAUGGCAACUGUGUGUCGCUGCUCAAAGUGCAGCAGGCGGCAGCAGGCCCAGGAGCACAGACCAACAUGCUCAUUCUGCAAGAAACCACCUUCGACCCCUCAGGAGCUCUUAUAGUAUAUGCACCAGUGGACAUACCGGCAAUGAAGGAGGUCAUAUCAGGCGGCUCCUCCGACUCCGUCGCCCUGCUCCCCUCGGGAUUCUCCCUCCUCCCUGACUGCGCCCUCUCCUCCGACCAACGAGUAGCUCUCUUCAACGCCGCCCCCAUCCAGCCCACCGCGGGCGGCGCCGCCUCGGCAGCAUUCGCUGGGGGGGCGGCGGGGAACAGCCGGUAUGGGGCGGAGGAGGGAUGGCAGCAGGGCGGCGAGGUGGAUAGCUUGGCAGCGCAGGCCAUGCGGAGUGCUGCGAGGAAGAGGGCGCUGGGGCACGUGCCGGAAGGGUCCAUUCUGACGGUCUCGUUCCAAAUCCUCGUCAGCCCUAACCCCCAGGCGAAGUUGACGACAGAGAGCAUGGCAACGGUGAACUCCCUCAUCUGCUGCACCGUGCAGCGUAUUCGCCAGGCCAUGGACGUCGCUGCUGCCACACUCUAG